UCUUAUGGAGAAACUAUGGGGGUGGGAAAGGCUGCUACCACUGUCCGUUUCUGUUAAGUCGGCCGACUAUCGUAGCUAUCUUGAGGAGUAUUUCAAACACAAUGCUUCUGAGUUUGCUGCUGGUGCUCCUGCCAACCAAAAUCCCGAGGAUUCGCAAAUCGCAAAUAAUUCUUACAUGGGUGCUGAUCUUGUCAAAUCUUGUCUCAAGAUGGAGGACGAACUCCUAUCUGAGUGGAAGACUCGAGUGAGAUGUAGCAUGAAUGACACCUUAUCAGUCAGCACUAUUAUUCAGUGUAACCUUAUUAAGGAGCUAGUACUUUCAAUUUGCAGCACAGGGGGUGAAUUGUUUUCUCUUGCUUUACUGUGUAUCACCAAGGAGGCUGACCUGAUGUGUGAGCUGUUGAAGCAUGGCGCUGAGCCUUUUGAUGACAUCAUCCAGCAGAGCAUUGUGAUCCGCAUGUGUGUCUUGGGCCUUGCGAACCUCAAAGGGCACCAAUCUAUUUCUGUCGCUGCUGCAAUGGUGGGUAUGACAUAUGAGGCCAAGAAGAUGUGUGAUUGGAUCAAGAGAGAGAAGAAGCUUCUCACCUUCAGCCUGUCUGAGCCUAAUGGUCUUGAGUGCUGCUUGAUCCGGAUCAAAGCCUUGGGUGUUAUGACAAGCAUACUGGAGGAUUGUUCCUUUCCUUGUAUAUAAGAAGAUGCGGGAUGAUGAUGCAAUGUCAUAUGGCUAGAUAAGGGUUGGAGCAAGGAUGGGGACCCACCCAUGCAUGGGUUUCUUUUAACUGGAACACUAUAGUCUUAGUUUUAAGUACUCCGUAGAUACUUAGUACUGCUGGGUUAUGUGGUGGUGCUGUUUGCUCUUAUAUAUUAUGGUACUGUUGGAUUAUAUUACUGCUACCGGACCAAACUGUGCUGCUGUAUUGUACAAAACAUGGUACUCCCUCCAUCAUGCCGAAGUUGUCGGUGUUCAUGUUUGGGCACAAU